AUGUUGAGUGUACAAGGGUGUUAUCUGAGGAUUUUGCCGGUGCAAAUCACCUUGCGGCUUACCCCUCGAUGUACGAGCAUGCAAAAGAGACCUUGUCAUGCUGGCUUGAACGCUUGGCAUCGGGACCUAGCCCUAGAGGACCUGGUCACUGAUAUGUCUCUCUCAUCUUCUUCCUCUUCCUACAUUCAACAGCUGCUGCACCAGUCGGGAGUUUGCUACGGCCGGGUCUCAAACAAUCUUCCUCAGCCCUCCGACGUUCUCAACCUUAUCAAAUCCAACGGAAUUACAAGAAUUCGCCUCUUCAAGGCUGACCCAGAUGCAUUAAAACCAUUCUCCGGCAUCCGAAUCCAGCUUAUGAUCGGUGUCCCCAACGAGGCCCUACCUUCCCUCGCCAACGGCAUUGUAAACUAG